AUGGCGACAGUGGCGGAGAACUCCGGGGCGCCUCCUGACCCUCAGGUUGCCAGUGGUGGUGGUAAGCCCCCCGGUAAACGUGGGGGAGGAGGCCGGAAGAAUCCCCCUCCUGACAGACAGCAGGAUACACCGUGCCAGUACUGUGGGGAGUACGACCAUACCACAGAUGAGCAUUUUGAGCGGACUCUUCAGAACGCCAUCAAUGCUUUGACUGGGUUGCGUCGGAACCCCCAUCAGUCUGGCCAGAAGCAAAAGCGGCAGAAUAGACCGUGUGAUUACUGUGGGGAGUACGAUCACACUUCAGAAGAGCACUUUGAGCGGUCCGUCGUGAACGUCAUCGAUGCUCUGCUCGAAGCGAGUCGGAAACGCCAGCAAUCUGACCGCCAUGCUUCUCCGGCUUCGUCCAAUAACCAGGCUGCUCCUGCAGCUCAGGAAGGAGGACAGGGCCGGAAGAACAAACGGGGCCGACGUCCGCCUGCUCAUGAGCGGCGACGUCAACAAGCUGCCAAGCAGCAGCAGCAGCGGGAGUUUGAUGAGCGUCCAGCUCUCACCUUGCAGGCGCACCAGCUGCCGCACCCGCAGCAGCAACAACAAUACCAACAGCAGCGGGAGGUUGAGCAGCGUCCAGCUCUCACCUCGCAGGCGCUGGCCCAGGGAUUGGCUCUUCCCUUUCCAAUGGUCCAGCAGCCGCACCCGCAGCACCAACAGCAGCGGGAGGUUGAUGAGCGUCCAGCUCUCACCUUGCAGGCGCAACAGCUGCCGCACCAGCAACAGCGGGGGUUUGAGCAGGAUUUCGCUCUCACCCUGCAGGCGCCGGCCCAGGGAGUGGGCUUUCCCUUCCCGAUGGCCGAGCAGCCGCACCCGCAUGCACACCAGCAGGGGGGUGAGGGAUCCCAGGUCCUUCGUCACCGAGAUGAGGCCCCCCUGCCUCCUCCCAUGGAGGAUGAGCCCUUUGACGCUGAGGAUUUGCUUGUGUUCUCGGACAGUACGGACAGCGACCUUUAA